AUGCAGCGAGAAACUGCCUGCAGGCUGGUACACUACCACCACAUCAUGAGGUCUAUGGAUCAAGAAGAACCGACUCCACAUAAAACCAACAGCCCACCCUCUGGAGUUACAUACGCUCAUGAUGUCUUGGACUGUGGCCUCAAGCCAUGCCCCCUGCCUUUUCCUAGCCUUUCUGCAGAUCCCAUGGGCAGAUAUGGACAGCCAGAUAGUAGCAUAGGGACAACACCUACACACCCUGCCAACGCUGCAGGGGCCUCUGCUCCGAGCCCUAGGAUUGAAAUUACUCCAUAUCAUGAACUGAUUCAUUCAGGGGGUCCCUUCCGCAGCAGAGACACAGAUGUUCUUUUGGUAGAACAUCAGUCAAACUCAGCCACCACUAGCCCAAGGGUUACCCUGCCUGUCCCUGGCUUUGAGGGCUACAGAGAACCACUGUGUCUGAGCCCAGCUAGUAGCGGCUCCUCUGCAAGUUUCAUUUCAGAGACAAAUGUAUCUCCUUGCACGUCACCAUGUGUUUCACCAAAUAAUGGUCCUAGUGAUGACCUUUGUCCACAGUUUCAAAACAUCCAUACUCAUUAUUCUCCUAGAACCUCUCCAAUAAUGUCACCACGAACAAGCAUCACGGAGGAAACCUGCUUGGGACGACAUUCACCAUCACCCCGUCCCAACUCAAGGUCUUCAUCACCAGGUGCAAAACGGAGGUACUCUUGCACUGAGCUCUACAGCACUCAGCUGCCUUCCACCUCUCCACGGCAGUCACGGACCCCCUCUCCACAAUCCUCUCCUCGCAUCCCCUUGAGAGAAGACAACUCUGCAGUUACUUACACACAGCUGGCCAGCGCUCCUCUUUCCAUGGAUGCUAUGAGCAGCCUUCCUACGGAUCCUUCCUGUGGUGUUCCCACGAAAAUUUGGAAAACCAGCCCUGAUCCUUCAUCAAUGUCUUCCCACAAAAACAGCAUUUCAUGUCACGUCUUUCAGACUGUUGACUUCCACGGGCCUUGUGAGCAGGAGGACAGGAGAAACUCAGCCCCAGAACCGAUUCUGUUGGUACCUCCAUCCUGGACAAAGCAACUGGUGCCUGCAAUCCCUAUCUGCAGUUUGCCUGUUCAGUCGCUCCCGCCCCUGGAGUGGCCCCUGUCCAGCCAGUCUGGCUCCUACGAGCUGCGGAUCGAGGUGCAGCCGAAGCCCCAUCACCGCGCCCACUACGAGACCGAGGGCAGCCGCGGCGCCGUCAAGGCUCCGACCGGGGGCCACCCCGUGGUCCAGCUUCACGGGUACAUGGAGAACAAACCCUUGGGUCUGCAGAUCUUCAUUGGCACAGCAGACGAGCGGAUACUCAAACCUCACGCCUUCUACCAAGUCCAUCGCAUUACGGGAAAAACCGUCACCACCACCAGCUACGAGAAAAUCAUCGGCAACACCAAAGUUUUAGAGAUCCCACUGGAACCCAAAAACAACAUGAAAGCAACCAUCGACUGCGCGGGGAUCCUGAAGCUGCGCAACGCGGACAUCGAGCUGCGCAAGGGCGAGACCGACAUCGGCCGCAAGAACACCCGCGUGCGACUCGUCUUCCGCGUCCACAUCCCCGAGUCCAGCGGCAGGAUCGUUUCCCUGCAGGCGGCAUCCAACCCCAUAGAGUGCUCCCAAAGGUCUGCUCAUGAGCUUCCAAUGGUUGAAAGACAAGACAUUGACAGCUGCUCUGUUUAUGGAGGACAACAGAUGAUCCUGACUGGACAGAAUUUCACAGCAGAGUCCAAGGUGGUGUUCACAGAAAAAACAUCAGAUGGGCAGCAGAUCUGGGAAAUGGAGGCAACAGUGGACAAAGACAAGAGCCAGCCUAGCAUGCUUUUUGUAGAAAUACCUGAGUACCGUAACAAGCACAUCCGCACAGCCGUGAAGGUGAACUUCUAUGUCAUCAAUGGGAAAAGAAAAAGAAGCCAACCCCAGCAUUUUACCUACCAGCCAGUACCAUCAAUCAAAACAGAGCCCAUUGAUGACUAUGAUCCAGCCAUAAUCUGCAAUACAGUACACAGUGGUCUGGGAACAGUAACACAGCCUUACUAUUCACAGCACACAAUGGUCACCGAGUCCCCUUCCUGCCUUGUGCCCACUAUGGCCCCUUGCCAGCAGUUGCGCUCAGGCCUUUCCUCUCCUGAUUCUCGAUACCACCAGCAGAACCCGGCCGCUGUGAUCUACCAAAGGAGCAAGAGCCUGAGCCCCAGCCAGCUGGGCUACCAGCAGUCCAACCUGAUGCCUGCACCAGUUGCCAUUUCAGAUGCCCACAGGUCGGUGCUGGUGCACGCAGGUUCCCCAGGCCAAACUCCGGCGGUGCUCCACCACUCUCCAGGCAACCAGCAGUCAUCUCCUGUGAUUCACUAUUCUCCAACCAACCAGCAGCUGAGGUGUGGAAGUCACCAAGAGUUUCAGCACAUCAUGUGCUGUGAAAAUUUUACAUCCAGUGUCGCAAGAUCCAGCCAGCCCCAGGUCAGUCAAGCACAAAGGUUAAGCCCGAGCUCGUACCCGACGGUGAUUCAGCAGCAGGCAGCCUCGGGCCAGCGAGCAGCAAAAAAUGGACCACCAGGGAGUGACCAGAAAGAGGUGCUACCAGCGGGAGUCACCAUCAAACAGGAACAGAACCUGGACCAGGCCUACCUGGAUGAUGAGCUGAUAGAUACACACCUUAGCUGGAUACAAAACAUUAUAUGAAAAAGAAUGACUGUGAUCUUUGAUCCAAGCAAUCAAAAAGAAAGUUAACGAAAUUAUCAGGAAGGAAUUUUCUGGACUCCCUGCCAGAAGUCAGACAUAGAAGAAGAGAUUUGUGAGACAACUUUUACCGAAUCCUUCCAUAACUGACCUCUUAGGUCCUUCCAGUGCCCCUGCAACCUCCAGCUUCCUUUACAGUUCAUCUCAAUGCAAGGAACAAUGUAUUGGCAUCAAGUGACAGCCUUGACUAAGCAACUUGCCACCUCUCUCUGUAAACACCAAGAAGGACACCCUUCCUUUCCUCCAAAGAUUGUAUUGUUCUCAUGUAACAGAGCAUCUGUCUGAGGAAACACUUCAAGCCUGCUGCAAAAUAUCUAUGUAUUGAUCUAUCUUAGUGCUGAGGGAGAAGUGAUCUGUCACUCCUGAACCACACAAAGCAAGGGAGGUCGUGCAUUAGAGCUUAUUUGGGUGGGGUGGGAAAUGGGGGAAGAAAGAGUAAUAUAUUCCAUUAAAGAAUAACAUGAUUUGCAGGUCACUAGCAAGGACUUGCCCUCCAGGUCUCAAAGCCCUUCUGAGAAAUUUCAUUAUUGUAGGAAACUGAGGCAACCCAAGCUUACUCGGCCUUUAUCCAACCUGGAAUCAAAAGCCAUUUUUUUCUGACUCUGAGCACUGUGAUUGGUAUUUCAAACAGAAAAUGUCAGCUGAAUCCAGGAGUUUUCUUCAUUUUUCAUGUCAAACUGGAUAGGAAUUUGAAGGAGAGGGAUUCUCACUGAGAACCAGUGAAGAAGAACAAUUCAGCAGUUGCAACACCUGUCCCAAGGUAAAAUAAAGGCAGAUAAAAUAGAGAUUAAUAUCUAGGAGUCACAGUAAAUCCAAAGAUUUUAUGACUGAUACUUAUCAAUAUUUAGGCAGUGUAUGAACACAACUUAGAUGUUUUCUCUCUAACAAACUGUUGCUGUUUCUUUUCAUGUAGAACCUGCUAUUGGCCUGUAACUUGUCUCAUUGUCUCAUUUAGCAGCUGGAACAUUUAAUCACCCCAAGCUGCAGAGGAAAAUAAUUGCAUCCUACAGAAGCCAUACAUUCC